UUUUACAUUAUUGUAUUGGUACUUUUUUAAAUGAAUCAUCGAAAUACUGUGUGUGUGUGAUAUUGUGUGUGAUUGGAUCAGAGGUCUGUCUGGGCAGAUUAAAUCAUAGGUUGACUCAUAAAUCUUUAAGUAUCAUGAUCUUGUGAUGACAAGUAAGCGGAGUUCCCCAAAAACUUUUUCCAUUUCUCUAAUCAUGACGACAUGAGUGGGAAGCUGCUAUUCAUAGUGGGUCUUCUUUUACUUUCAAAGUCAGUCGUUUCGUCUGUCGGACUCUGGCGCAACGUUAAUUUUUACCAGGAGCUCUGUGUACUCUGAAGACUAACGGGACAUAAUGUUUUUUCUCUGUUACGCAUUUUUCGCUGUUUCUUUGCUGAACUCUCUGCACGACUUCCAUGUGUCCAGCUGUGAUGAAAACUGUGCAGAUAAACCUGUAUUCACUCCAUCCAGACUGGUAGUGAAGUUUGGUGACCCAAGCUCUGCCACGUGCUUGGCUUGUCAGCAUACUUGCCCAAACGAGUUAUUUGGUUUGGAAAACUCUGUGGGGGUCACUACAAAAAAUGGAACCACGAUUUCAUGGGAGGUUGACAGCCUGACUGAAUGGGAUACAUCUCCCAUGUGCUAUUAUACUGAUAAUAAUGAUAACCAGUGUUGUAGCACCCUGCCUGUAACCGUCUAUCAGCCUCCAAAAAAUGUCAGUUUCAGCUUCCUAAAUCACUCUGGGCCGAUGACUGCGGGUCAUCUGUACACACUGCAGUGUCACGUCCAGGAAGUUGCUCCUGUUGGUAACCUCAAUGUGACCUUCUACAGAGGACAGACAGAACUGCACAGACUACAGUCCAACAACACAGAAAAGACACCAGUGACUGAGACCUUCACUCUGGUUAUCACCCCUAGUAAAGAAGAUGAUGGAGGACAGUACUGGUGUGAAGCCAAGCUAGACCUGGGAGCUGAAGGACCACAGACUCCUCCAGUGGUGGAGUCAGGAAAACUCACAGCAACAGUCUACUAUGAGCCUCAGCUAAAGGAGUCAUCACAUCUAGAUCUGAUCACCGUCACAGAAGGAGACCGUCUACAACUGGACUGCUCUGCUGUGGGAAACCCCAGCCCCUCUUACAACUGGACGCUCCCAUCAGCCAGUGGUUCCCCCUUCAGUGACGACAUUCUCACUAUCGAGUCUGUAACUUUGGACCACAAGGGGCAGUACAUCUGUUCUGUCCACAACAACAUCGGGACUGUCACUGUGAAGUUUAACGUGGAUGUCAAAGGGAACAACAUGUACAUUAUUUUAGUGGUACUAUUAGUCCUUUUUCUGGCAGCAAUUGUCUUCAUCAGUGUAUACGUCCAUCUGUACAAAGAAAGCCGAAAGGGACGGUACAACCUGAAGGACGUUUUCCAUCUUCGCUCUCCUCACGUUGCUGUGCCUAUUGGAGAGUAAAUUUGUGGAUAAGGCACCGCAUGUGUAUGGACAACCUGCAACUGUUGAUAUGUCAUGAGCUGCAGUUAGCUGUAAAGCACAGAUGUAUUUAUCCUAACCCAAACUACUGUAGAAAUCACCAGAAGUCUCUAUAUCUCAGGUUUAACACAUACAUGCUGUGCAUAUGUUUAAACUCAGGUUUAAGCUGAGAGAUUUCAGUGGUGCUCUGUUUAAGAAGAGAUAUCUAUUGUUUAGAUUAUUUCAAUAUGUCAAAAAAAUGUGUAUUGUUCACCAUGUAUAGUGUUAUGGGGACAAGUCCUCCGUUAACUGUGAAACUGUGAAUUUUGUCACUAUAUGCGUUACAUUUUAUUUUAUAAAGCCAGAGAAAGGAUUGUUAAUCGGACAAACUAGUGAUCUAUGUUUUUCUUGUUGUCAACAAUGCAUGUAAACACUAAAAUGAGCAAUGUGUUAGUUA